GCAGCCGCGAUUGUCGCACCGCUCCUUCCCCGCCUGCCUCGCGUGGAGAUUCUGCUGCCUUUCUUCUCUUGCUGUUUUUUUUUUCCGAUUUAAAAGGAAAGAUAUUUUAUUUUUUUCCUGUUUUUUUUUUUUUAAUAUCUAUAUUUUUUUCUACCCCGCUUUCCAUCGGGGCUCGCCCUCGCUCUCUCUCAGCGCGCAGCGGCUGCGCUGGGGCCAUUCCUGCCCGGCUUUGUGCCCUGCAGACCCGGCCCUCCUCUUCCUCCUCCUCCUCCCCCUCCUGCCGUAAAACCUUCACGAGGCUCACAGCAGCAUCCGAAAGCGCCGCAGCCGCUCGCCCAAACCACCGACUGCAACAAAACCCCCUUUUUAUUCUAUUUUUUAUCAUAUAUUUCCCCCACCUCCUCCCCCCUCCAUUUUUUAUUUCUCCUCCUCCCUCCCUCAAACGCAUCAAGGUGGACGCGGAGCGCAAAAAGACCUUUGUUUUAAAAAUGCCCAUGGAGCUGACGCAAAGCCGCAUCCAGAAGAUUUGGCUUCCCAAUGACAACCGGCCGGCGCUGCCCCGCCGCUCCUGUGGGCCUCAGCUUGCCAACUCCCCCACUGUGAUAGUCAUGGUUGGCCUCCCAGCCCGUGGCAAGACCUACAUCUCCAAGAAGCUGACGCGCUACCUCAACUGGAUCGGUGUCCCCACAAAAGUUUUCAACGUUGGGGAGUACCGCCGGGAGGCCGUGAAGCAUUACAGCUCCUAUGACUUCUUCCGUCCUGACAACGAGGAGGCCAUGAAAGUCAGGAGGCAAUGUGCCAUGGCUGCCCUGAGGGAUGUGAAGCUGUACCUGACGGAGGAGGCCGGGCAGAUUGCGGUUUUUGAUGCCACCAAUACCACGAGGGAGAGGAGAGGGAUGAUCCUGAACUUCGCCAAAGAGAACGGGUUCAAGGUGUUCUUCAUUGAAUCUGUCUGCAAUGAUCCCAACGUGGUUGCCACCAACGUUAUGGAAGUGAAAUUGUCCAGCCCAGAUUACCGGGACUGUAAUUCCACUGAUGCCAUGGAGGAUUUCAUGAAGAGGAUCAAUUGUUACCAAGCCAGCUACCAGCCCCUCGACCCUGAUGACUAUGACAGGGAACUUUCUCUCAUCAAAGUCAUCGACGUGGGCCGGCGGUUCCUGGUGAACAGGGUGCAGGACCACAUCCAGAGCAGGAUUGUUUAUUACCUGAUGAACAUCCACGUCCAGCCCCGCACCAUCUACCUCUGCCGGCACGGGGAGAGCGAGUUCAACCUCAAGGGCAGGAUUGGAGGCGACUCUGGCCUCUCCAACAGGGGCAAGAAGUUUGCAGUGGCACUGAACAAAUUUGUGGAAGAGCAGAACCUGAAAGACCUCAAAAUUUGGACCAGUCAGCUAAAGAGGACAAUCCAAACAGCAGAAGCUCUCCAGCUGCCCUAUGAGCAGUGGAAGGCACUCAAUGAGAUUGAUGCUGGUGUGUGUGAAGAAAUGACCUAUGAAGAAAUCAGGGAGCAGCACCCAGAGGAAUUUGCUCUGCGUGACCAGGAUAAAUAUUACUACCGUUAUCCUUCUGGGGAGUCCUACCAGGACCUGGUGCAGCGCCUGGAGCCGGUGAUCAUGGAGCUGGAGAGGCAAGAGAACGUCCUUGUCAUCUGCCACCAGGCUGUCAUGCGCUGUCUCCUGGCCUAUUUCCUGGACAAGAGUGCAGAUGAAAUGCCCUACCUGAAAUGUCCCCUGCACACAGUGUUGAAGCUGACUCCGGUAGCCUAUGGCUGCCGGGUGGAAUCCAUCUCCCUGAACAUUGAAGCAGUCAACACCCACAGAGAUCGGCCAGAGGAAGCAAAGAAGGGACCUAACCCGCUCAUGAGACGUAAUAGCGUUACCCCUCUAGCAAGCCCUGAGCCCACCAAAAAACCUCGCAUCAACAGCUUGGAGGAGCAUGUGGCUGUUUCUCCUGCCCUGCCAGGCUGUGUUCCUCAGGAAGUGCCCACGCAGAUGCCGGGACAACCUUUACUAGGGAAGGCAUGCCUAAGACCCGUUUGUCACUUUCUCAAAGUUUUCUCUUUGCUAAUAUUUCCAAGAACAUGAACACCUCCCAGAAGCCGUCGUGACUCCGUGGGCACCGCUGUGAGGCCGCCGGCGCCGCCAGCUUCCCAUCCCAUCGCCAUUCCCGAAGCUUGCUUCCAACCCAGGCGGGGCUGGCUCUGCUCCCCCUGCCCCAAACCCUGCUCUGCUCAGCGGGGAGGGAUGCAGGAGAGCCCAGGAGGAGCCCAGCUCCAUCCCAGGGUCACCACCAGCUCUUCAGGCUGCAGCGUUUGCUCUCCUCUCCGGCAUCCUGUUAGGUCGUAGCAAGCUGUAAAGUGCUUCUGUAGUGCACAGGAGUUUCAUUUUCUUCUCUUUUCAGUGGUUUUUGAUCUUCUGUAUAGAUGAUUGGUACCCAUCUGUCUCUGGGUGGGGUGUGUAUAUAUGUGGAUGGUGCGGGGUUAGUAGAGAAAUAGGGGAAAGG